UAAAUGUGUAUAACACCGAAGCAAAAAUAGGGCAUGUAAAAUACCAACUCAGUUAACAAAAGAUCAAAGUCAGAGGAAAUUCACAAAAUUCAUAUGAAGAAGAAAGUGCUCCAAUGAACAAGCUCACCACUCAGUGACAACAGCCAUGGCGUCGCGCUUCAGUUCCAGAAUGGCGCCAAAAUGCAAUCUUUCUCCCAAAAAACUUCCCAGAACCAGAGCUCGGCUGCCGUUAGAUGACCCCAAAGAUUUUCCUCAAUUUCUCAGAAACAACUGCAAAAUCAGCGCCUCUUCUCACGGUAAAGAAACUGUAAGAAGUGUAUAUGCAAUUCUCACAAUUGAUCGAUGGGAGUCGCUGAAUUGCAUGAAAUACAAAACGGCUCCGCUGAGGCGAGUUCACGGAAGGUUAGCUCUCAAAUUCUUGAAAUGGGUAGUGAAGCAACCCGGUUUGGAGCUCACUCACAUAACUCACUUGUAUUGUAUCACCACCCACAUUCUCGUUAGAGCAAGAAUGUAUGAUUGUGCCAAGUCGAUUUUGAAGUAUUUGUCAGAAACGGGUUCGGGUACGGGUCCAAGUUCUGUUUUUUAUGCGUUGAUGGAUACUUAUCCUCUCUGUAAUUCAAACCCUGCUGUUUUUGACCUGUUGAUAAGGGCUUAUGUGAGAAUGGGGGCAGCUGAUGAUGCUUUAGAGGCUUUUCGUUUGAUGUGUUCGAGGGGGUUUAGGCCGUCGGUGUGUACUUGUAAUAUGAUUCUUGCAGCAAUGGCUAAGGCGCGGCGUGCUGAGCCUGUGUGGCUGUUUUUUGGAGAGGUUAUUGGGAAUGGCGUAUGUCCGAAUGUUAGCACUUUCAACAUAGUGUUGAGUGUGCUUUGUGGGGAGGGGAAGUUAAAGAAGGCAAGUUAUUUGCUUGGGAAGAUGGAGGAGAGUGGUUAUGCCCCGACUGUGGUGAGUUAUAAUACAUUGCUGAAUUGGUACUGUAAGAAGGGGAGGUAUAAGGAAGCUAUUCAGCUGUUGGAUCACAUGAGUUGCCGGGGAAUUGAGGCUGACGUGUGUACAUAUAAUGUGCUUAUAGAUGAUUUGUGUAAGAAUAACACAAGUGCUAAAGGGUAUCUACUUUUGAAGAAGAUGCGAAAGAGGAUGGUCACCCCUAAUGCAGUCACGUAUAAUACUCUCAUAAAUGGAUUUAUCAACGAGGGGAAAAUUGGAGUUGCUGGGAAACUUUAUGAUGAUAUGUGUAAGGGUGAUGUUUCACCAAAUUGUAUCACGUAUAAUGCUCUUAUUGAUGGGCAUUGUCGUAGAGGCAAUUUUGUCGAAGCUUAUGAACUUCUUAAUGAAAUGCAAGCGAAGGGAUUGAGGCCUAAUCAGGUUACUUACGGAUCACUUUUGGAUGGACUCUGCAAGCAUGGAAAGUUAGAUUCUGCGAGAAAUCUACUUGCAAGGUUAAAGCUGGAUGGAGUUACCGUCAACUCUAUAAUGUAUACUACACUAAUGGAUGGAGUAUGUGGAAGUGGCGAACUAGUUGAGGCUAUGGAGUUGCUCGAUGGCAUGUUUAAGGAUAAUAUGCAUCCUGAUAUUGUCACAUAUUCAGUUCUUGUAAAUGGAUUUUCUAAAGCUGGGAAGAUAAAUCGUACUAAGGAAAUCAUCUGUAAAAUAUUUAGAUCUGGAAUCAAAAUGAACAAAAUUGUAUAUUCUACAUUGAUUUGCAAUUUCUGCAGACUGGGAGAUAUGGAUGAAGCAAUAAGAUUUUAUACCAUGAUGCUUCGUAGUGGUCAUUGUCCUGAUGUUUUCUUAUGUAACUUAUUGAUAUCCUCCCUUUGUAGAAGUGGAAAUGUGGCGGAGGCGGAAGUUUUCAUGCAUCACAUCCAUAAAAUUGGUCUUGCCAACUCUGCUACCUUCGAUGCAAUUAUUGGCGGUUGUGUAAAUAAAGGAGACGUGUUGAGAGCAUUCGAAUUGUUAGAUGAAAUGGUUAAAUUUGGCUACCAGCCUAGUGCCUUCACAUAUGGAAGUUUACUGAAGGGACUGUGCAAAGGAGCAAAUAUCCAGGAAGCGCUUGACUUCUUUAGUAAGCUUCGGAAAAUUCCUCAUGCCACGGACAUAGUCACCUACAACACGAUGCUGGCUGAGUUAUUUGCGCAAGGCUAUUUCGAAUUGGCUCUCAGUCUUAUAGCUGAGAUGGUUGAAAACAACAUGUUUCCUGAUAGUUAUACUUACGGUUGUCUGAUCGCCGGUUUAUGUAGGACCGGGAACGUGUUGACUGCAAUUCUUCUGUUGGAAAGGGGAGUGCAAAGAGGAACUCUUUCUCCGAACCAGUUUAUGUAUUCGAGUAUAAUUAGUGGACUCAUCAAGAUCGGCCAAGGACAAGCUGGCAUUUACUAUUUUGAUGAUAUGGUAAAGCAAGGUCUGAAUCCUGAUAUAGUUACUCUCAAUGCAGUUAUCGAUGCAUGUUCGAGGACAGGGGAGCUUGAUAAGUUGGACAAUGUCUUAUCAAUGAUGGAAAGCCGAAGUUUAACCCCUAGUUUGACUUCGUAUAACAUUCUCUUGCACGGGGAAUCAACACGAAAAAACAUUUCUGGUUGCUUCGCGUUGUAUAGAACCAUCUUGAGAAACGGUUAUGUUCCUGAUAAAUUUACUUGCCAUUCUAUUGUUCUCGGGCUGUGCAAAUCCAGAAUGCUGGAUAUCGGAGCUAAGUUUCUGAAGAUGAUGGUCGCGAAUGGGACUCUUGCAGAUCAUUUGACGUUUGAUUUGCUUAUAACAGCGUAUAGUCAGAGAGGCGACGUGUCAAAAGCCCUUGAUUUGCUGAAUUUCAUGAGGCUUAGUGGAGUUUCGCCUAGUGAAGAUACUCUCUCUUCGAUCUUUAAUGGUCUUAAGAGAAUUUCACGAUGCCGUGAAUCCCGUGUUUUACUUCAUGGAAUGGUGGAGAGUGGUUUUCUUCCGACAAUCAGACAGUACUGCAGAUUGAUAACGAGCAUGUGUAAAUCUGGAGAUAUGCGGGGAGCUCUUAAACUUAAAGACGAGAUGGAGGCUCUUGGCGUUAGCUCUCGCCAGGUGGCUGAGAGCGCGUUAGUUAGGGGGCUCGUGCAGAGUGGGAAAAUGGAGGAUGGGAUGGUUGUGCUGAAAUGCAUGAUGAUGAGCAAGCUCGUUCCAACCAUUCCAACUUUCACGACGGUCAUUCAUGCUUUAUGUAAAGAAUCUAAACUGUCCGAGGCAAUGGAUUUGAAGCUGCUGAUGGAACAUCAUGGAGCUAAACCGGACGUUGUUACCUACAACGUUCUUCUGACUAGCUUCUGUCGGAGUGGUGAAUUUGCUCGUGUCUUCACAUUGUACGAGGAGAUGAAACGCAGGAGUGUCUCCCCUGAUGCCACCACGUUUUCUGUUCUCAUUGAGGCUGUUUCUGCUGAAAACGAUUCUGCCAGAGGCGAAAAGAUUUUGGUCGACUUGGAGGAGAGAGGAUUCGUUUGUCAGAGUUCAACUGCUGAACCUUGGGGUCGAAGACUGGCUGAUGCCGUGGUGAAUAUAAACCUCAUGAAAGGCAGAAAAUGAUCGACACUCACGGACCUGCUAGAAAACGAGCCCAGGAUUACACGUCCCUGCAGGCACUUUCUAAUGGAAGGUAACAAGGCAUAGUUUCAAUCUUAUCUCAGGAGCAGUGCUUCUCUUGAUGCAGCAUUCACUAAAAAUGAAACACAUGAGAUAGUGAUGGUUAUCUUUUGGAGUGCAUCACGAAGCACGUCGUCGUCGCGGCGUGCCCUAGCACCACCUCCUGCGGCGGCCUUCGGUGUUGUGGCGAUGGUUAAGGACUAGAAGUGGAAGCAGAGGAGGGUUAGGGAAGGUCUGGUGAAUUUUGUUCCCUGCCUAAAUGAGCUGCCGCAAUUACGAAUAUCCCAAUUACAUUUUGAGCAUCUAAUGUUGCUUUGCUUGUGCAAACUUUUUCUAUUACCUUACAAAGGAAAUAUAGAGAUAUACAUUCACAUUGAGCCCAACAUCUAAAUCAUUUUAGGGCUUGUGUGCUAUGCAUGAUAUGUGUGAGAUAGAUACGUGUGUAUAACAUUCUAAUAUGUUAUUUGCUUCAAAAUUUAGUCAUUUAUAAAUUACUGAUAUGUUAUCUAUUA